GCUGCAGUGGCAGAACCGGUGGCAGCCCGGCAUCACAGAAAGCAUUACUCUAGAGAAUGCGAUCGGCCUCCAACAACUCGUGACCGUCAAGAAUCUCGCCCAGGGCGCGGGCCCGUGGACGACAAACCUCCUGUUCUGGAUCCCACUCAACGACCUCACGCUGGCCAAAUACAUGAACCGCAGUUUGGUGCGCGGGACGUCCCGCUUUUUUGAUGCCAACCUCUCGGCGUCCUUGCCGGCAAAGGACUUGGAAGUCGUCCAAGGCGUCACAGCCGUCGCGGGUCAGUUUUUCAACCAAUCGGCGCUCUUUCGACGUUUGAUUGGUCCGUUCCAGACCGUCGACGUCCUCUACCAGAAAGCACCGUCGGCGUUGACAGCAGCGUACGAGAAGGGGCGGCAGAUACUUCUUAGUGUUAUUGCACCGACUACAACGUUUGCACUGACACCACACGCGUGGCGCAGCGUCGCGUUGUACGGUGGCGGCAACUUGAUGUGCCCCAAAAUGCCCCGAACGUCGUUUGUGCAGCAGUCGUUUGAUUUUUUCGAUGACUGCGCCAAGCCCAAGGCGCUCACAGCAACGCUAUCGCCACUGACUCUGGUUUUGGCGCGAGCGGCCACAAAGAAUCACUCGAUUGCAGAGAUUUGCGCCGUGGCCUCCCCAGCGGCAGCUUGUGUUGCUGCCAUCACAGCUGCGGACCAGCUCUUGGAGUCUUUUGCGCUGGACUGGAAUACCUCGGUUGCAAAUGAGAUUGGGCUAAACAUUGGCUUGAUGCAGUACGCUACUGCAGCCAAUGGCUCGUGGGUCGUCCUCAAGCAACCUCUGCUUGAGCCCUCGUUUGCGUUCUUUGG